GGGAGGCGAUCCGGAUCGCCCGCAGGUCCGCCUUCUGGUCGCUCUGGAAACGGUUGGCGAAAAUACGGAUCUGAAACGCAAGAACAGAUUGAACAAAGCGCUCGGAUUUGAAAAGUUCCUGACUGUAAACGGUCGUCAGGAACAUCAGGGGAUCUGCGGCGGGGACAUUCGGGACGUCAGCAUGUUCAGGAAAAUGCCACCAAAGAGCCGGUCGUUGAGGGAAAUGCAUGACCUUAGGUGCACCAUUGAGGGAGAUCCUCCCUGUUGCUGCCUCUUCGUUCUGCUGAAAACGUUCCCAUGCAUGUGGGCCUCCCAGCGGAUGUUAAUAUAUCACCAGUGAGUCUGCAGCCUGACCUUUGACCCCCAGCGGCUUUGUUAGUGGGACAGGCCAGGCAGUUGGGUCAAAGUGAAAAUGGAUUCCCUGCAGGAAAAACAUCUGAAAGCUUCCAGGUUUUUGCAGAAUCUCAAGGAAACAAACAUUGUGACCGAGACAGUGCAAACGGCCGGGAGCUGUCUCGCACAGGGCCAAGAGGCUGUCAGAAGCUGGCCACCAUACUUGACAAGAGGACCGGUUCUGGACACCAGGUCCCGGUACGAAGGGGACGGGGUCCGUUACAAGGCCAAGCUGAUCGGCUUGGACCCGGUGCCGGACUCACAGGGAGAGAAGAUGCUGCUGGACUCCAUGAUGAAACUGAAGGGAUUUGAAGUUUCAGCGAGGAAACAGGGUCAACACAAAAUGAGGAUCUGGCUGAAAAUUUCCUCCAGUGGCUUAAAGAUUUUGGAUGAGCGGACCGGGAUUGUUCUUCAUGACCACGACAGAUCCAGGAUCAGCUCUGUGACUAAAGACAAGUCGGACCCCCGAGCGCUGGCCUACAUCUACAGACACGAAGACGCGUACAUCCUGUUCUACAUCAAGGCGGGACACCAGGCGGAUCCAAUAAUUUUGGACAUCAUGGAGGUUUGUCGGUGUGUGGAGCAACAGGAGGCUCCUCAGCAACACCAGCCUACGGCAAGCCAAAAUAUUUCUUUAGUGACUCUGACUGACAGUCUGGCUUCUCCAGAGACGGGAGCAGCUCUGGAGAAUGUGUUUAGUCCUCCACCUCAGUCAUCAUCAGGACAAAUAAAGCAGCAGACGUCUUCCAGUAAUGAACUGUUGGAGAUAUUUUCUCCGCCCCUGACAGAUCCUCUGCCUCCCAACAACAUCCCACCUGUCAGCCAGCCAGUCGACAUAUUAUGGUCGGUGGAGACUUUGGAUUAAAAAUCACUGAAGUCGACCCAACAGAGCAGCAGGACGGAUGGGAUGUCGUCCUUUAACGUGAGGCGAUUAUUCGCCAAAGAGAAGAAACGCAGCAGCGGUUUUAUUUAACCAAGACCUGGCAGAGCAUAAAACAAAGUCCAGGGAGAUUACAUAAAGCUGCACAAAGAAACCCAGGAGUUUACAAACCAGUCAAGAACAAAAAUGUUUUUAGAAAACCUGAAGACAUUUCUGAGGAUUCAAAUCACUCAGAUUUGAUCUGUUUGACAUUCUGUAAGAUUAAUAAACACAAGCUGUUGCUACUUCUCUGUUAAUGACAAAAAACCUUUAAACUGACAAAAGUAAUGAUAAAUAAAAAUUUACUGAAAAUGAA